AUGGGCAUCUCUAUUGCUUUUAUAUUAACCUACUUACUCGGUGGGCUAACCUUGUUGCCCAUCCUUUUCGCCAUUGUUCUCCUACAUGCGUACCUCACGUUCCCCGUACAAGAUCGGUCCUCGACCUCCUCCGACACCUCUUCGGACACCCUCCGCGAUGACAAAGACGACGGACAAAACCUCAAAUCUCAUGCGAGUAUAGCAGAUAUCGCGGAGAAAUUCAAACGCGCACAUGAGCCUGAUGUUGCAGCUGGCUACUUCGCCGUGUGCCGAGAGUACGUGCCUGGAGGUAUCAAUGGCAAACCACCAGAGCGGACGACCCCGGCUGGGGCGGUAAUAGCUACAGAAAGCCCUAGCGUGUACCAGAGCAUGUAUAGAAGUAUAUUCGACCGGAAGCAAGGGCCAAGUCUAGAUCCCGGGAAAGGCAACAGCAAGACCGUCAAGAGGGCUAGGAAUGUCUUCUUUGUUGUUCUACGACACGGACACUUAAUGCUUUACGAAGAUUCAGAACAGCUGGAGGUCAAACAUGUCAUAUCACUGGAACUUCACGAUGUCAGCAUCUACGGUGGAGGGAACGAAAUCCCCGAAGGAGAACUAUGGAUAAAGAGAAAUGCUAUACGCUUGACGAGAAAAGCCGGGUUUGAAGAUCCCGCCUCUACGUCCAAGCCUUUCUUCCUCUUCUCCGAGAACUGCUCAGACAAAGAAGACUUCUAUUUCGCGCUAUUACAGAACCAGGAAAUCAAGCCAAAUGCGCCUGAUAACCCGCCGAGGCCACAGCAGUACGAGACCAAGCAUGUCAUCGGGCUUGUGCAGAGGCUGCAUUCGUCGGAAGAACAACUGCAGACAAGGUGGAUCAAUGGACUUGCGGGUAGACUUUUCCUUGCCCUUUACAAGACUCAAGUCAUCGAGGAAUACAUACGCAAGAAGAUCACUAAAAAGAUUGCACGGGUGAAGAAGCCUGCCUUCCUCUCCGGUCUCGUACUCCAAAAAAUUGAGAUGGGAGAGAGUGCACCCCAGAUUACUAACCCGCGACUCAAUGACCUCACGAUCAACGGCGACUGUUGUGCCGAAGCAGACUUCAAGUACAACGGGAAUUUCCGCCUAGAGAUCGCAGCUACAGCUCGCAUUGAUCUCGGUGCGCGAUUUAAAGCUCGAGAGGUCAACUUGGUGCUGGCAGUGGUUGUCAGAAAAUUGAACGGUCAUGUCUUGGUGAAGUUCAAACCACCUCCAAGUAAUCGCGUCUGGAUAUCCUUUGAGACAAUGCCUGAUAUGGAGAUGACCAUCGAGCCCAUUGUCAGCUCGCGACAGAUCACAUAUGGCUUUAUCCUACGAGCGAUCGAGAGUAGGAUUAGGGAGGUUAUGGCCGAGACCAUCGUCAUGCCGCACUGGGACGAUAGUCCAUUCACAGACACUAGACAACAAACUUUUCGAGGGGGCAUCUGGGCGGACCAAGGGACGACUGGUGGAAUGCCGACUGAACAUACAAACAUUCCAGAUGAAGCACCGGAAGAUGACGCCGAGCUCGAAGCCGAUGCGGCUCCAACCCAUCACGCCUCGCCCCGCGCGAAAGACGAGAGAACCUUGAGCAUGCCGGUCUCGCUUGAUUCGUUUCCCUCAGGUCCAAUUCCAAAUCCAGCAGCGAGUUCUAAGCAAAGCCUCGAUGAGACUGCUAAAGAUAGCGUUGCUACUGGCGUUCAGAAAGGUCCAGAGCCACCUAAAACCCUCAGAUCGCGCUCGUUUGCAUCAGCUGCCAACCCACUCCUCAGCAUGGAUAAUGCAAAUUUUGACUCUAUUCAACCGGUAAAGAACACGAAACAACUACAAGACGCCACUAGUGCAAUGAUGGCAAUCUCGAACCGCUCGCGCCCUACGUCUCCUACCGACACUCCCAUGGGGUCUGCCCCAGGCCCCUCUACGUUGUGGGGGAACAGCCGAAAAACCAGUAGUAGAUCCUCUACGUUGUCUGAUUCUAAUGGCACACCUGAGCAGAAUCUUCUACAAGACAUUUAUACAUCUAGCCCUAGCCAAACUUCUUUGCCUCCAACUCCGACUACUUCAAGCUCACGGUCCACGAAGUCAACUUUUGGAAAUGUUAUGCCACAGUCUAGAACACUGCAAGCAGAUGUUCGCAUGCCAGCAUCGUCGGAGAAGAGACAAUCAAUAGUAGUCCUUGGCGCGGCGACUGCAGCCGCCAAGAAAUGGGGUUGGGGAGUACUCAGCAGGAACAUGGAUCAGAAGAACCAGCAGGCUGCUGAUCCAGAUCGCGCUGGGACACCCAAGCACCCCAUCGGACGAGGUCGCCCUUUACCUCCACCCGGCCAGCCCUUACCGUUCCCUGAAAGGCCUCACACGAAGACGAUGCCGGCCACGACCCCCCAAAGAAAGCCCGUCCCAAAACCAGACCUGCUUCAAACACGUCAGGAUGAGGCCAAGGCACGAUCGGUCCCUCCGCCACCACUUCCGGCUCGCAAAAGACGAGGAUCAGCUCACAUUGAUCAUGAGAGCGACGGCGGGCUCUUAGUUGUCGAAGCUCCGCCCGAAUCUGAAACCUCGAGCCCCAAUGAUGACAAGCGGGAUGAGUAUAUCAGCGACCCUGAGGUUGAGCCUGUAGCUAGCUUACCGAAUAGCAUUGCGCCAGACGGAGGGGACCAUAGCUCAGAACGACGACGGAGGUCAACUUUCAUACAGGACUCGCACGCGGAGGAUGAGAGUGCUCAUUCGAUUUGGCAGUCGGCGCAGGAAGAAGAGGCCAGAUCAAAGAGCAUGUGGCUAGAUACCCAUGAGCAUUCGUAA